CUUGACCUUUAAAAGUGCAACGUGUUGUUGAUAGAAAAAAUACGAUGCCCUCAUUAACGGUUCAUACAGGGUGCAAUACAGCGUUGCCACGACAACAAUUGGCCAACUCAAACGGGAGACUUUUAGCCGGCGCAUAUGUUCUAUAUCCUUCGGGCGGAAUGGAUGAAGAGACUAACACACCGGAAAAUGGCGAGACGAAUAAAGCGUUUCUCGAAGACGUUUAUUUCCCGGAGCCGGGCAUCAUAAAUCUGGACAUGAUUAGAACCUCCUAUCUGGCAGAGGGAGAACGUGGCGAGACGAGUCGCUUGCAUCAGCUGGAAUCGGUUGUACUGGAGCGAAUUAAAAUGUUACGACUGGAAUUCAAAAAUAUUCUACGCAUCGAUCACCUCUGGGUUCUGCCUAAUCUGACCAAACUCUGUCUCAACUGCAACAAAAUCGAAGUGAUUGAACAUAUUGGCAUGCUAACUGCUCUCAAGGAACUCAAUCUGAGCUUUAACUAUAUAACAAAAAUAGAAAAUCUGGACACACUGGUCAAUCUGGAGGUGUUAUCUUUAUUUAGUAAUCGCAUAACGAAAAUCGAAAACUUAGAAACACUGGAAAAAUUGGUAAUUCUGAGCAUUGGUAACAAUUUGAUUGAUGUUCUUGAUGGCAUUGAUCGCUUGCGCUUUGUGAACAGCUUAAAAGUUCUUAAUCUGGAAGGUAAUCCCAUUGCUAAGCUGCCCGACUUUCCAUUAACCCAAUAUGUAACCGCUAUUUUGCCACAAUUGAAUUACUAUAAAUAUGUUUUCAUCAAGGCUGAGAUGCGUGAAGCGGCUCAAAAGAGAUUUAGUCGAGAACUGCGCGAAAUCGAGGGAAAACAGGAAAAGGAAAUACAUGGUUUGGAGACGGAGGCACGAGAGUUGGCCGAGGCGGAGCGUUUGUCGUCCAGCUUCGUGGAGCACCUGGAUGGCGACCAGCUGUACGAGAGCAUGUGGCGGGGGGAUGAGAAUGGCAGAGUACUCAUGCUAUUGGGUGCACCGGCACAAGAGCUCGCCGAGGAGUACGGCAAUGAUGUGCACGAGCUAACGCAGAAGAUUUACAAGCUGGGACUGGAGCGUUUCUCUGAACGCGAUGCAGAAGUUAAGGAUUUUAUGAGCAGCCUGCAGGAGGGCCAACAGGAGCUGCAGUCGCUCGGCCAGAAACAUAUCGAAGAGUUCUUGCAGUACAGGGAUAAGGCCUUUGAGGAAGCGGGCACCAUUUUGCGUCAGCUGGAAGCUGGUAAGGAAGAUGCACCGGAGCAUUUGCAACUAUGCGAAGUAAUGGACGAUCUCAAUGCGCAUUUCGAGGAGACGCUCAGCGAGAUGUGGCACAAUUUGAUGGCACAGGAACUGCAUCUGCACGAAGCAGUCGAGGAGUCCACCCUGAACUUUGAGCGCAAAAUUACGCGUUCAAUGUCCACCUUUGUGGAGCAGGCACAAGUUUACUUUCUCCAAUUGCGCGACGUUUGUGAGCACUUCUCGGAUAAUAUGAUCGAAACUGUGUCGCGUUUCAUAUCGCAUAAGUUGGCGCUGCAAGAUCUGGAUUCAGUGCCUCAGGCGCUGCGCAUGUGCAUCGAUGAUCGACAGGCCGUGUUGAGGAUAGUCGCUGAUAUGAAAGCCACGCACACCUCACGCAUUGAGGAUCGGGAAGAUCGUAUGGCCACCAGGAGCAAAGAAUCCAUUGAGACCUUAAUCGCCAAGCUAACCAAGGAGGAAGUUGAACGCCAUCGUGCCAAAAUAUUGGAAAUUAACUCGUUUAUGGAAAUGAUGACUGAGGCCAUGGCCAAUCUUCCAGAGGAAAUUCACGCAGAGCUGCUAGCAGGGGAACAGCAGUAAAAUCAUAGUCGUGAAGCAAAUAAACUAAAUAAUUAUAAACAAGAGCGAACCCAGUAUAGAGAAUUGAAUUUCAUUAAUUGUUUAUUGCUUGUUUAUAUAUUCA